AUCAGCUUUUGCAGUUGCCAGAGUCAGGAAGCGGGAAUAUUGACUUCUUUCAAACUUUACGAUGUCAAUAAGAGGUAAUGUAACAAGAAGUUGAUUAGAUAACAGCACCAUCACCAUGGCAACCAGUCAGACAGUAGAUAUAAACACUUCUACGCCAUCAAUCAAUGCAACAGUCCUUAAUAAUGACACUGCCAAUGGGAAACAAAAUGGAGCAAUAGAUCCGACUGAAAGCAACCAUGUUAUGGAGAAUGAAUCAGGUUUUGAUUUUCCAGUUAAGGAUGAACCAGAGGAUUACGAGGAGUAUAACAGUGAUGGUGAAUAUGUUGAUACAAAUAUUGAAUACACAGCUGUUAAAUACGAAGACAAUGAUGUUGGUGGUGAACAGUAUGCAACUGAGUUAGAUGAAGCCAAUGAUAAUGUGGAAUAUACUCAAAUAAAGGGCGAACCAUUAUCAUCAUCUCCUGAGGCAACGGAUUCAAACAGCCUAGAAAAACCUCCAAAUAGCACAAAUGAUAUUCUUGUUCCUGUUCAAAAUGAUAACACAAAUAGAACAUAUGGGACUGAUAAUUACCUGGACGAGAAAUUUACUAAGGCGCCUCUUGUGAAACAUCGUGAUAAUAAUAGAAAAGUUGUCGCAACUUUUGCUCCAAAUCUGGAAUCAUCAAACUUUUAUGCGUGUAAGAAAUGCUUUUACUUCACUGAUCAAACAAAGCAUGUGUAUCGUCACGUGAAAGUGCACGAUAGUGGCGCUGUCAUCAACGUCCUUUGUGGUACCUGUAAAGAAAUGUAUCCUGAAGAUCAAAUGAGAUUUCACAUCAUAAAAAAACAUUUCGGCGUUUCACCAAACAUACUACUUGGAAUCAACACAAAUAUAUUCCAAGUGGAGUCUGAUGUAGCCACAUUACUAGAUAAUAAUCCGUAUGUAUGUAAACUUUGCAGUUAUAAAACAAAUCUAAAGCGGUUAAUGUAUCUCCAUUUAGGUACUAAGCAUUACAAGGCAGAGUUGUAUGAGUGUACGUACUGUCAUUUCAAUUCUGUGGAAAAAGAACAAGUCUAUAUACAUUAUUUACAAAAUCACCCCAAGUGUAAGUCAGGGGGAAUCGACUCGGUAGUGGUAACGCAGAAAAACUCUUGGGAGAGAUUUCUGAAAGUAAUUGACAAUUUAUAUUUUUGUCACAUUACCCCUACAGAACUUCAGAAUCUACAGAAUCGAAUCAGCUCACCGAACCGAGUGCAUAAAAGGACAACUAAAGGUCAAAAGCUGAUAUUUCAUGAAAAAAUACAAAUGGCUAAUGAGCAGUUACCUUGGCAAUUCAAUGAACACAAAUUUCAUCAAACUCCAGACAACCAGAUUGUCGGAACCAAAUGUCACAGUCUUCAAACCGACACCCCUGGUUCUUUAAAAAAUAUCAUGAAUCCUAGUAGCUCCCUUAAGUCAGGCUCCCCAAAUCCUGGCGCAGGCUCCACCAAUCUUGGCACUGGCUCCACCAACCUUGGUGCAGGCUCCACUAGUCUUGGCACUGUCUCCAAUGACCUUGUCACAGGCUCCACCAUCCUCACAACUUCCAAGUCCCUCCAGUGUGGAUCUACCACCCUCCUUGAAGGGUCUGAUAAACCACCUUCUUGCAGUAGAGCAUCCCCAAAGAAUGUGGAGGAGCCAAUAUCUGGGGAAAAUCUUAUUAAUUUUCUUGGUACACAUGGCAAUGUUGUGAACUCUCUACUCAGUGCAAAGUCCGAAGAGGAACAGAAAGAUGCCCUAGCAUUGCUGAAACCCCGCACUAAAUCACAGUCAGGCUCUGGGAAAAGAAAAAAGCGUAAACCAGAUUUAAGACCUGAUAACUUGGAGGCAACCAAUCCAAAGCCAUCCUACCCAAAUAAACCCACAGGUCUGAUAGGAACCCCACAGGUUGCCUGGCCAGUAAGGGCUGAGCCUGGAGGUGGGCCUAACAUUAGGUUCAAAUUACCAAUACCAAAAAACCCCAAAGAAGGAUUCAGAACAGCCUGGGAGCCUGUGGUAGAACCUGAGGAGACUGGUUGGACACUAGAAGAUGAGCAGCAAUACCAGAGGCAGAAGCUUCAGUCUAUUCUACAGACCAAUAAUGAACCACAGAGGAUAGAAGAAGGUGAAGUUGAAAUAAAGCAAGAGCCAGAUGACGGCGAUGACAAGAGAGAAGUGAUGCAUCUUGUUGACCCAAUGGAAAUAAAUGAUGAAGAGACUGGGGAUCUCACUGAGACAGAUGACUCUUACGAAGAAGCAGAUGAUGAUGACGGGCAAAGUGAACCUGCUGAUAGGACAAAACGUAGGAGGACCAAUAAACAAGAUGCUUCACUCAAGAAACGGAGACAAUAUGAGGAGGAUGACGAGGACUGGGUGCCUCCUAAACCAUCUCCAAAACGUAAACGACUAAAUAUCUCACGGAAAGACCAAACUCAAUCUGUUCAAGACUCCGAUUCCACUGAGACUAACACAAACACUGUCGCAGUUCCGCCAGCCCCUGUAGAACAAGAGCUUUUCCCCCUUGAAGAAAUCGAUAAACCAAAUAAGGAGAUAUACAUCUGUAAAUCGUGUGUUUAUGUCAGUACGACAAUACGGGCGGUGAAGGUGCACUCAAAGCGUUUUCAUUGCGAGUAUAAACCGUAUAAAUGUCGUUGGUGUUCUGCUGGGUUUGUAGAACGAAUGGACGUAGUGAACCAUCAGCAGGUUGAACAUAACAUCAAAUCGGCUUUGGAUAAGCAAGAUUGGAUAUGGAACUCCCAGGAGGGAUUUGAAUCUGAGCUACUAAUGCAGAAUUCAUUCCGGACGUUAAUGGUCAACGAUAAACAGGUGAAGGAGGUCUUCAAAUGUUCCAAGUGUGUCUUUGUGACGACAUUCCGGGAAAUCAUCGAGCGUCAUGUUAGCAUGAUGCACGCAGAGGUUCAGGAGGAUUGCUAUACUAUUACAAAAGAAGAGGAAUUUAACUCUGGUGAUAACAUCACAGUGAACUUCCAGUGUCAAGCCUGUAGCACGAGAGCGAUGAAUUUCCUCGGACUCCGUUACCACAUCCUAUACUGCACCAAGGUCAUUAUGAAUUGGUUUGAGAAAACAAAAUUAGAGACCACGAAUUCAAACCAUUAUGACGUGUGUGUGAAAGAUCUUUUGAGACUCCCGCGAUAUUGCAUUAUCUAUUCACAUGAGAAUCUAUACAAAGUCGUCCCCGAAUCGAUAUCAGUUUCAAGACUGCGUAUCACUGGGGUUGUAGGGGUAAACACAGAAGCAAAUGAUGCGAAUGACGCUCCAAAUGAAGCUGCUCAACCAAUGGAAGUAACAAGAAAAACUCGAAAGGAUAAGAAGGCUUUGUUACAUCAGUAUUUGAACAAUUUAAAAAAGACGACUGUACCUGAAAUUGUCGUUGAAAAACCAUCAGAAUCCCCACCAAUCGCCAUUAACCCAAAUUCCAACGAACCUUUCAUUACAAUCACCCAAUUUCAACAAAUGAAAAAAGGAACUAUGAAAACGAAACCUGAGGAACAUGUAGACGAUCAAAGCACAAGAACUGUUGGGCUUGAUCUAUCCCAUAAUAAUAAUACAGGAAGUAGCUCACCUUCAGAUUCGGAAGAUAAAAAGGAAGGGUCAAAAAGAAGGCAGACUGCACCAAGAAAGUUGGACAAGAUUAUCAAUAAACUGAUAUCGUCUGCUUCUCCUAGUAGCUCACCUCAGCCUCUUUCUGAGUAUUCCAACCCAGUUUUAUCACCGAGUAAUGAUGUCACACAACGCAGUCGUUCUCUCUCUCCUCACAGGGUUACAACUUCUCCACACAGGGUUCCUACUUAUCCAAAUUCUCAUUUUGGUGGUACUUAUCAAUAUAUUCCCACAUCCGGUAGAUCGCCAGUUGAAACUCCAGCCCCUAAUUCAUACAACCAAUCAGAGGAGAGGAACAUACAUUCAACUGCUAUCCAUGCAGGGUUAGAUUUGUCGAAAGUGAAACAGGAACCAGAAGAUCAAACCCAGAGUGAUGUUAAUGCACUCCGGUCUCUGUAUAAGACGACAACACACUUACUAAUUGCUCCUGUAUCUCCCUCUAUAUCUAACCCUGGACCCCCUCAACCUGUCCAAAUGCUUCCUAGUCCCGUCCCACAAGGUCUUAUUCAACAGACUCAUCAGCCAGAGGACAAUGCGUUUUCCUAUCUCUGCUUAAGAUGUCCAUAUGCUACCUUAUCAAUUCAGACUAUGGAACAACAUGUUCUUAUACAUUGCAUAUGCGCUCCGUAUAUGUGCCAGAAAUGUGACUUUAGAGCUACAUCGAAUAAAGACAUGAACACGCAUCUGCAGCGCUCCGUCAGAAACUGCGUGACGUGGCAUUUUGACAGGGAAGUCGCAAAGACACAACUUGAAGAAAUCCGGACGUUAUUUAACGGGUAUAAAGACAAAGACAUAACCCACAAAUGCAACAUGUGCAAAUAUAGCACUGAGCAUGGUGCGAUGAUCCGGGCCCAUGUAAUUCAACAGCACAGUACGCGUAAUUUUUUCAAAUGUGGCCACUGUGGGUUUGAGGACUCUAAACGGCAUGAAAUACUUCUCCAUUCUCUGACUGAACAUGCUGAGAAGGAGGUCAGUAUCAUAGAUGGGGAAGAGAGUAAGAAAAGCAUUGAUUUGGAGGCUGAGAGCCAGAAAUACUACACUUCAAUCAGACAGUCUGUACUAAAUAAAUAGAAGAAUGGACAAUCUUGUAGGUAAUGAUUUAAGCCCUGAACUUAGCGCAAUGUGGACUGAAUCAUUCCUCAAAAAGCUGUUAUUUUAACCUUUGCUCAGCAUUGAAUGUAAAGUUUAGGAAAUAACGUCUGAGUGGAAUGAAGUAG